CGGGUCAGAUUGAGCUGCUUGCUGUCCGUGACUAGUGUAGGUGCCGCGCUGUUCGCGUUUUCUCCUCCUGGUGAGACCGAGCCGCAGUGUUCACAGGCGAGGAGCUACCUCUGUCCUAGGCAAAGAAAGACGAGGAGGAGACGUGCGAACGGGCAGCGGCUGGGCCGCGCCGGUGCGGGCAGGUGACUGUGUCCCUCCGCUUGCUGCUGUCUCUGGGAACUGGGUGCCAGCGCUGAGGGGCCUCCAGCGGACAGCGACCCCCUUCCCCGGCCCCCCAGCCCACCCUGCCGGGGAGGGCGGAAGAUGCCAGUGAAGAAGAAGAGAAAAUCCUCUGGGGUGGCAACGGCAGUAGCGGAAGACGGAGGCCUCAAAAAGUGUAAAAUCUCCAGCUAUUGCAGAUCCCAACCCCCUGCUAGACUAAUAAGUGGAGAGGAACAUUUUUCAAGCAAGAAGUGCCUGGCUUGGUUUUAUGAGUAUGCAGGUCCUGAUGAAGUUGUAGGGCCAGAAGGAAUGGAAAAAUUUUGUGAAGACAUUGGUGUUGAACCUGAAAAUAUUAUUAUGUUAGUUUUAGCGUGGAAAUUGGAGGCUGAAAGCAUGGGAUUUUUUACCAAGGAAGAAUGGUUAAAGGGAAUGACUUCAUUACAGUGUGACUGCACAGAAAAGUUACAGAACAAAUUUGAUUUUUUGCGCUCACAGCUGAAUGACAUUUCAUCAUUUAAGAAUAUAUACAGAUAUGCCUUUGAUUUUGCAAGGGAUAAAGAUCAGAGAAGCCUUGAUAUUGAUACUGCUAAAUCUAUGUUAGCUCUUCUGCUUGGUAGGACAUGGCCAUUGUUUUCAGUAUUUUACCAGUACCUGGAGCAAUCAAAGUAUCGUGUUAUGAACAAAGAUCAGUGGUACAAUGUAUUAGAAUUCAGCAGAACAGUUCAUGCUGAUCUUAGUAACUACGAUGAAGACGGUGCUUGGCCCGUUCUUCUUGAUGAAUUUGUUGAGUGGCAAAAAGUUCGUCAAACAUCAUAGCAAGAACUAUUGUGAAGAAAAUGCAAACUUUUUGAUUCCCACAUGUAUACAAACUAAUGAAAUGAGGGGGAAAAAUCCAAAGGGUGCAUUUUCAUUCAUAUGAAAGACUUCUCAUAGUACUUUUUUUUUUUUUUCCUUUUUUUUAAAGGAAGUUUCCUUGUUACAUGUGAGCGGCAUUGAGCCACACCUCUUCUGAGACUGAAUAUUGACAUUUUUGUUUCAAGUUAUGUUUUUAACAUUUAUUUCAGAACAAUAAAGAUUCAGAUUUGUGACAAAGGCCUUAAAGUGAAGAUGUCCCUUGAGUGUCAGAGUGGUAUUUAUUUUUGUAAGUUUGAAUUCUUGAUUUUUGAGGUUCAGAAUUACCAUGAAUUUGUGAAAUUUUAAAGAUUUUAAGCAAUCUUAAUAUCCUGCAAUGUAGUCUGCUGAUGGUAUAGCUCAUAUUAUUUAUCUUUGCACAAUUAGGAAGAAUAAUUAUUGGCCUUGACUUAUAAUGAUUUUCUGGUGCAGCUAGUAAAAAACAUUUCUAGAUUGGAAGUGCUCCAACUUUCAGCUGUGGGUAUCUGUAAAAGCUAUCAAGGUCUUAUGUACGUAUCUUAUUUGAAAAGUUUGGAAAGAUUAUGUUAAGUUAUUUUGUUUUUUGACCAUGAGAUAUUUUUAAUAAGCAGAAAUAAGCCCUGCAUGUGUAUAUUUAACAUGAAAUUUAAGUUUUGUGUAUUUCUGUCAAAGAAUUUCAUUUACAUUUGAAGUAGCAAGGUUGAUAUAUUAAUGGUCUCAAAAUCAGACAUUCUUUUAAGAGCAUUAGGAUCAAUAUUGAAGUUGUAUUUUUAUCAUUAAUACAAAUGGCAUAUUUAUGAUAUUUUUAAUUAUUAUUUUAUAAUAUAGAGAGUUUUGUUGAGAGCACUGUUAUUUUCCUUAAGAAAACUUUAGCUUUGAUUUUUGUGGACUUUGUUAAGAUAUAUAAAAGAAAAGAAAAUAGAAUAAUGGAUCAUGAGAGACCUCUGGCUGUAAGUGCAAACUUGGUGAUGUCAUUUAACAUUGGUAGUAUUACAGUUUUGCUGUUUGUCACAAUUUUCUGACUAUUGGCAAUACAGUAUCUUGAAGAAAUAACAGCCUUAUUCACAUAAAAGUCACCUUUUGGUUAGCAGCAGGCAUGUUUUAUACAUUCCUUUUCAAACCAUCCAAUAUUCCAGUGAUAAGAAAACUUGGUUCACAUUCACAGUUCAGUCACAACCUCAGUAAUAUUCAUAGUCUCAUUGUAUAAAUGAAGAGAACUAAAGAGGUUAUUUUUCCAUAAUAAGGAAAUUUCUGUUGAUUUAAAGUAAAGGUUGGUUGUUUUGAUAGUGAAUUUGUUUAAUGAGUGAUUUUCAGUAUUAAUUACCUAAGGGAAAAAUAGCAUUUUGAAACUUAUUGUUUGCUUCUUGGUUAAUGAACAUAAAGUGAUUGCCARUGUUUUACUUGCCUUCUUAACAAGAUUAUUUUGUACAGUUUUGUAAGACACUGAUAAAAUAGUGGAAAAUAAUUCUUUUCCUCAGUACCUUUAGAUAAAGAUUAUUUUCUUUGAAUAUUCCUCUUAAGGGUUAGAAUUAGCAAAUUAUUAGUAAGGAGCACAUGAACAUUUGUGAUUUAGUAUCAUGAAUGAUGUUUUAAUAUCAAAUUAAUAAUAUAAGAAAAGGAUUUACAUUGUAGAAUUUCUAAUAUAAUUGACUCUUCUAAGGUACAAGUUAAAACAAUUGAAGGAUAUUGUCCACUUUUGUUUAAUUCAAAAGAAUUUAAGUGAAAUCUUGCAAGUUGUUACUUUAUAACUUGAACUAAUUGUAAAAACCUUUGUAAUCUUUAUUAUUUGAGUGAAGUGAGUAACACUCAAAACUUAUAGGGUGACUUUAAAAAAAUUUUUACUUAGAUUAACUAUCCAAGGGUUCCUUUAAUUUUUUUGGCAGAGGUUGGUUCUGAAUAUGAAAAUUAAAUUCACUUUUUUUCUGCCUAAAAUUAGUGGUCCAGUCCCACAAUGGUCAUGUGCCUGUUUUACUUUCUUGCUCCAUCUGUUUCUCUUACCUUUCUAAAGCCAUAUAACACUCACCUAAUUCAGUGGCAUAUGCCUCUAUAACCCCAGUAACUUGGGAGACUGAGACAGAAGGAUCAAAAGUUCAAGGUCAGCCUCAGCAACUUAUCUAGACCCUGUCUCAAAAUUUAAGAGGGGGUGGACAGGGGCCUGGGAAUGAAGAAGCUUGGUGGUUAAGUGCUCCAGAGUUUGAUCUCCACUACCCCUCACCCUGUUUACCUACUUUGCYGGCAAAUUUGCUUGGCCUUAUUCAUCAGGGCAUGGGCUGUGUUCCUUCUCUCCUUUCUUAAUUUAUAUUUGAACAACUUUCAGUUUAUUGGGAAACUUAUAAUCAAGAUGCUAAGUGGUUAAGAUAUUAACUGGUCAAGAUGUUUAGCAAAGUGGACAGUAUUAAGGAACUUGCAGUAUGAAGAAGUCUCCUAAGUGUUGUGGCUCUUUUUUUUUAAACUAAAGUGCCUUCCCAGGAAUCCUUUUGUAAARUCUUCUAAUUUAUUUUCUUCGAAUGGAAUGAAAUACUCGAUGGUGCUUUAUAACAUGGAGUUGACUUGCUGCUUAUAAAAUAGUUUACAAAUGUAAUACUACUGGAAGAAAGUAGAGCCAGGUGUUGAUUCUUUGUGGGAGGUUGGAGUGUUGCCUUCCACAAAUCCAUGGGGUCAAUAAUUUUUAAUAAGGUAUGGUCAUUUAGAAAAAAAUUGACCAGGGAUUCGGGUAACAUAGUAUGAUAAAAAUGUGUAUUACAUGCUGAUCUGGAUCUGUUACCCUGUUUUUCUCUUACUAUCUAAUGAUUUCUUGUUUUUAAAAUGAUAAAAUUCUCGACAAUACAUUUUUAAUGGUUAUAUUUUUAUGUGUAAUGUGAGACCUCCCAUGGGAUUAUUAAAUYGACCCUCAGGAUUGUAUAUCCCUUAAGUACAAAUGCCUUUUUAUCUAGCAAACCAAAAGUGUAUCUUAACAAUAUUGAAUGCCAUCACUUUUCAGUGUGAAGGGGAUGAGGGUGAGAGUAGAAUUUUGACAUAACUAGAGUUUUUAAGGCAUGCACAAUUAUGUGGAGUGGUCACAUUCUAGACAAAUGAAAUACAUUGCUAAUAAAACAAAUUUUGAAUUGUAUCUUAAGCAAAAUGUCUUUUCUGCCUAGUCAUUAAUGGGAAAUUAUGAAAGGACUUACUGAAAUGUAUUAUGUGCUUAGUUUUUGAGGAGCAGUUAGUAAGAAUGCUGACGUCAUUUGUUUUACUGCCUUYUUGAUGAAGUAUUCCCGAUACUACUGUGACAAUUCAUAAAGGGAUAAUACUUUGUUCUGGCYUUUAAGCCUGAAGUUUUUAGCACAUCUCUCACAUGCUUCCCAAAUGUCUAAAGCAGCAAAUAAUUUGAGGGCAUUUAAUGCAUGUAAUUUAAAUACAUAUUUUUGUUAAAAAGAGAAAAAUUAGAAAGCUAAAGAAUUUUUUCUUUUUCCUAGAGAGAAAUUCUUCCUUAAGGAAAUAUAUCACUUCUUGAGUGAUACUGGAAAACAUCACAAGGAAACAUUUCAAAGAAGGAAGCAUUUUCUCUUCAAGAGAAAUGAAAAAUAGGAAAAUUGUAAAUUUCCUCAGAAGGAAAGACUAGUGUGAAUUAUUAAAUAUUCUGGAUCAUAUAAAUUUUAAUGACUUUAAUUUUAUUACUUUCAUGAAUAUUUAGCAAUAACGAGACAAAAAUAUUACAAUUCAGUCUUUUUUGUUAAUAGACCUAGUUACCUAUGAUUAUACUGUUAAAGCCCAGAAAACAUUAUUAUAACUUUUAUGAUAAACUUUAUAGAUUGUGGAAAUGAAUUGCUGCCAUAAACCUUGGAUAAAUGGAAUGAUAUUGUAGAUAUUUUUCUAGUGAAUUUUUACUUCACUGGAAUAAAUUUAAAAAAAUAUUUAUGUAUCUUUAGUUUUUUAGGUGGAUACAUUAGU